CGCGUGCACGGCGCGGACACACAGGGCGUGUGCAGGGAAAUGUGCGUGUGCACGCGCCCCGUGUGUGUGCGUGUCGGCGGUGUGAGACGCGCGUGUGUGUGGAUGGAGAGAGGAUGGAGGCUGCAGCCUCGCGCGACCGCGACACCACGGCGUGCACGCGCAGAGCUGUAUCGUUGGUUGGUCGCGCGGAUUUCCGACAGGUCAUGGAGGUGUCGUCGCACAGCCUCUUCCUGCUGCAGCAGCUCAACGUUCAGAGAGAGUUCGGCUUCCUGUGCGACUGCACGGUCGCCAUCGGAAACGUCUACUUCAAAGCUCACCGCGCCGUGCUCGCCGCCUUCUCCAACUACUUCAAGAUGAUCUUCAUCCACCAGUCCAGUGAGUGUAUAAAGAUCCAGCCCACAGACAUCCAGCCGGACGUCUUCAGCUACCUGCUGCACAUCAUGUACACCGGCAUGUGUCCCAAGCAGCCGGUGGACCAGAGCCGACUACAGGAAGGCAUUAAGUUCCUCCAUGCCUACCAGUUGUGUCGGAAACCCGGAGAAGGCACCACCGACGCCACCACUGAUGUGGUCCGCAUGUCCAACCUCUAUGGCAUCCAGAUCUCCUCCCAGCUGGCCAACAAGGAGGCGUCCGGAGUUCCGAAGUCCACCACGGUGUCCUGCGGGGCCCCCGAUGAAGGGCGCUCCUCUGGCCGGGCGCGCUCGCACUCCCAGCUGUCUCUUGCUGUUGGACUGGAGGGAGUCCCGUCGGACCGGCAGGCCUCUGCACUACGCAACGUCUGCUCCGUGGCGUCAGGAGACGACUCGGACAUCUCGACUCGCAUCAAACAGGAGCGGCUGGAAGAGGAGGAAGGGGAGGACGGCGAGGAGGUGCAGGGGGCGGGGUCUCCGUCUCCAGCUCAGGGCAGCAGUCCCAGUCAGAGCCUCCUUUUUAAAAACCGUCCACUGGUCCUGCUUUGUCCUCGCUGUGGAGAGCGCUGCUCUUCCCCCGAGGGCCUGCGGGAGCACCUGUUCAGCCACGCCCUUGACCCCACCCGUCUGAUGGAGGGGCUGUCGCAGGGCGGCGAGCUGGACGCCGGCGUGGAGGAGGGACCUCCGGGUGCUCAGGAGCAGCUGGACGCGGGAUGUCUGGAGGAGGCACUGAGGCAGAGCCAGGCGCUUGCUAACCAGCUGGCUGCAGAGCUGAGGAGGAGCCGGGGCGGAGGAGGUGGAGGAGGUGGCGGCGGCAGCCCCACCGCCACCGUCCUCCACUCACGUAAACGUAAGAUCGCCUGCGCCGUCUGCAGCCUGCGCUUCUCCCACAAGAGCCAGCUGCAGGAGCACAUGUACACCCACACUGGAAAACCGUCCCGCUACCACCGCUACAACCGCCUCUGCAGCCAGCUCUUUCAGGCCUCCGCCCACUUCUGUGAGGGCGCCACGGAGCCCGGGGGCGGGGCCUCAGCCGGCACCGCCACACUCUCUGAGGAGGCCAACAGGGACACUCAGGACAACGGCAGCUCCUGCUACUCCCUGGACUCUGAGAUCUCCCAGGAGAGCGUGGACGGUGUGCCCGUCGAGUGACAUCAUCAG